AUGGUUUUCACCUCACCACACGCUGACAUUACUGUCCCGCCGUUGGACUUGCCGACGUUCCUGUUCUCCUAUGCUGAACAGCACUCUGUGUUUGGAACGCAGCCCGAUCUGCCCGCAUACAUUGACGAUGAUGUCAUCAUUAGCUACGCGGAACUAAAGCACAUGGCCUCGACGUUCGCGGCCGGGCUGGUCAACAAGCUCCGGCUCAAGCCCCAGGACCAUGUAGCCCUAGUCUUGCCUAACACGGCGUUUUACGGUAUCCUGGUGCUUGGCACGCAUAUGGCUGGGUGCGUCUGCGUCACGACCAAUCCGCUGAACACGUCAUCAGAAUUGGCGCACCAGUUCCGCAUGACCCAAACCAAGGCGGUUGUCACGACCAUGGGCGCUCUGGCCACUUUGGCCGACAGCCACAUUAUGACUAUCGACGGCAAUGAGGACAACUUUAGGAGGGCGUGUUCGUCAAGGCCGUUCCCGCACGCCUAUAUUGCAACGAAGAAGCAGGCAACAACCACGCCGGCGCUUGUCGUGUUCAGUUCUGGUACGCAGGGCCUGCCCAAGGGCACCUCAGCAGCGACAGCAAACGACCCGGUGAUUGCCGAGGCGGAGCGUGAGCGGAAGCCGCGGGCGACGAUUGCGGGCUAUACGCAGGUGGUGAUGCGCAGGUUCGAUGUAGAGGAAUUCUGCGCAUUGGACGCAGCAGUACAGACCGACGUUUGCUCAUCUGGUGCCGCCUGCCUGUGCUUCUCCUGGCAAAGAGCCCAGUACGUCAAAAACUACGACUUGUCGAGCCUCGUGUACCUGAACUGCGGAGCAGCGCCGCUGGGCCGUGAGCUGCAAGACGAGGGGACUCGGGCUGCAGGCUGUGUCAUCACUAACGCGUACGGCCUGUCGGAGGCGUCGCCAGUGACGCACCGCUCACAGAUUCAUGGCACACCUGUGGGUUCUGCUGGCGUGUUGCUGGCAUCGAUGGAGUGCAAGAUUGUCGACGAUGGCGGCAAAGAGUUGGGUGCUGGACAGCAGGGCGAGAUAUGCAUCCGUGGGCCCAAUCUAUUGAUAGCGACGGCUUCCUGCCACACAGGAGACAUCGGAUACGUCGAUAGCUCCGGAUACUACUUUGUCACUGAUCGCAAGAAGGAGCUCAUCAAGUACAAUGGCUUCCAGCGGUCAUUGGCGAUACCCGAUGCCAAGCUGGCGACGGAAAUACCCAAGGCAUUCGUCGUGGUUCGUCCAGAGCACAGUAAGCCUGGGAUUGCAAUGGACGUGAGAGAGUGGGUCGACGACAGGGUUGCAUAUUACAAGAAGCUGCGUGGUGGUGUUGCUAUCGUCAAAGAGAUUCCAAACGUAGCCAGCAGCUCAAGGCCCAAGCUCUAG